UGUGAAGGUGCCGCGCUCGAUAGAUAGGCAGGUAAUGUCUGCUACUUGAUUUCCCGCGAAAUAGACGCAGAUCUUCACGCUCGAGACGCCGGACAAAGUGCACAAAACGGACUGUUACUGUUAACGGAUUUCGUACCAUAAUGGGAAUACACGGACUUGCCAAGCUGAUUGCAGAUCAGGCCCCUGGUGCCAUUAAACAGCAAGACAUCAAGAACUACUUUGGCAGGAAAAUUGCCAUCGAUGCCUCCAUGUGCAUCUACCAGUUUCUGAUUGCUGUGCGACAGGAUGGCAACGUUCUGCAGAAUGAAGAUGGAGAGACGACAAGCCACCUGAUGGGAAUGUUCUACCGGACGAUCCGCAUGUUGGAACACGGUAUCAAACCCGUGUACGUGUUCGACGGCAAACCCCCACAGCUCAAGUCAGCAGAGCUCGAGAAAAGAGGAGAGAGGAGAGCAGAGGCUGAGAAGAUGCUCGCUCAAGCCCAGGAAAUAGGGGAACAAGAGAAUAUUGACAAAUUCACCAAGCGUCUGGUUAAAGUCACCAAGCAACAUAAUGAUGAAUGCAAGAAGCUGCUGACAAUGAUGGGAGUGCCUUACAUCGAGGCUCCGUGUGAGGCCGAGGCCAGCUGUGCUGCUCUGGUUAAAGCAGGGAAGGUCUUCGCCACGGCAACAGAGGAUAUGGACGGUUUAACCUUUGGAACAAAUGUCCUGCUUAGACAUCUCACCGCCAGCGAAGCAAAGAAGCUUCCGAUUCAAGAGUUCCACUUCAGUCGCAUCCUGCAGGACAUCGGCAUGUCCAAUGAGCAGUUCAUAGACUUGUGCAUCCUACUUGGCUGUGAUUACUGCGGCACCAUCAAGGGGAUCGGCCCCAAGAGAGCCAUUGAUCUGAUCAGACAGCACGGCUGCAUUGAGGAGAUCCUGGAAAACAUUGACCCCAGCAAACAUCCUGCUCCAGAGGACUGGCUGUACAAAGAAGCUAGAGGUUUGUUUUUGAAGCCAGAAGUGGUGGAUUGCUCCUCAGUAGAGCUGAAGUGGACCGAGCCGGAUGAGGAGGGACUGAUUGAGUUUAUGUGUAAUGAGAAACAGUUCAGUAAGGACAGGAUUCGUAACGGCUGUAAGAAGAUCGUGAAGAGCAGGCAGGGCAGCACACAAGGACGGCUGGACUCUUUCUUCUCUGUCACUGGAUCCUUGUCCUCCAAACGGAAGGAACCUGAGGUAAAAGGAUCAGCAAAGAAAAAGCAGAAAACUGGAGCCACACCAGGCAAAAUUAGAAAGGGCAAAUAGACUGAAUGCAGGAGUCCUCCAAUUCCUCAGAGAAGUUUUUGCUUUUGUGAAUAACUCUUACUCAAUAAAGACUACAACUGCAGGUGAAGCAGGAGAAAACUGCAGCACAUUA